CUUUCAUGCCCACAAAAAGAAGAAAAAAUAAAGAGGAAAAAGGAAAAAAUAAGAAAAGAAAAAGUAGCAGAACAAAGGAGGAAAGCAAGACUAAAUCGGUAACCUCAACCAACACGCCCUACUUUCUCCCAAAUUUUGGAUCGAAGGAAGUUUAGUAACCGUGGUUAAUCGCCUCUCCGCACACCACCACCGCCCGCCACACACAACCAACAAUGCCUGCCGAGGGCGGGCACAUAAUUGUCCUCUCCAAGCAUCAACAUUCUCAGAAAUGCUUCCACCCCUAGCUAAUGACACCGCUCUUCUUCUCCCGCGUUCAAUAAUGGUGUUCCCUUCCGUUCUGAGCAUCCCCCAACUCUCCGCUCCAGGGCCAACCUAAACUCUUUCCUUUUCUGUAUCUCCCCUUCUCUCCUUUGUUUAUGCUUUUCUUCUUCCUGGUCCUUCCUUCUUUUCUGGGUUACCUCUUGCUGUUGGUUUCUACUGCUCAUCUAUAAUGUCUGAAUUGGUUGCUCGAACUGGUCGACAUCAGCAACGGUACGAGGGCGGCUGUCGCCUUGUGGCUGGGUGUAUCCCAUUUCGGUACAGAGAGUGUGAUGAGAAUGCUGAUACUGAUUCCGAGAAAGUUGUUGAGGUCCUCAUGAUCAACUCCACCAGUGGUCCUGGUUUACUAUUCCCUAAGUUACACAUUUGUAGGGAGGUUGGGAGAACGAUGAAACUGUUAAAGAGGCGGCAGUGAGGGAAGCUAUAGAAGAAGCUGGAGUCCGAGGUGAUAUAUUGGAUUUUAUAGGGGAUUAUCACUUCAAGAGUAAAACACACCAGGAUGACAGUUGCCCAGAAGGGUUGUGUAAAGCUGCCAUGUUUGCAUUGUAUGUAAAAGAAGAGCUGCAGUCAUGGCCAGAGAAAAGUACUCGUACAAGGAGCUGGCUACCUAUUUCCGAGGCAGUUGAGAGUUGCCGACAUAAAUGGAUGGAAGAUGCUUUGAAGCAUUUUACAAAAUGGCUUGAAGAUAAAGAUGUAAACUAGCAGUGACCCAACCUUAUUAUUAAGACUUCAAUCCGAUAAUGUAUGGUAGAAACAGAAGUUUCUAGUGUUAGUGCAUUGUUCACAAACCCCCAGCCUAUUGAUGAUAUUGAUGACCAGGGCUAAUUUUCUUAUUAAAUAACCCUAAUAAUACAGAUAGUAGAAGGGGGGAAAUCAAGAAAUAGUUCCUUUUUUGUGGUUAUCUUUGGUCUUUCUUCCUCCAAUUGUCAGUCUGACCAACAUGUA